AUGUCUCCCAUGCGCACCCACCUCACAGACACCACCAUAGCUCCCUAUUUACUUGAAGCGCGGACCCGCCGCGCCAACAUCUCCGUUAUGUGGCGGCGCGCAGACCAAGGGAGAUCCUGCACAUCCUGUUUAAAAGCCGAAGCUCUCUGCUACCACCGUGCGGACGAUGGGGAGCAGGGGCUAAGCGCCUGCCUUCGAUGCCAUAAUAGGGCGGAGAAGUGCCGCGUUGCAGGCGUCAUGUCGCGCCGAGCCAGGCAGCAGCAAGCCAAUUCUGAGGGUUUGAAGCAGUACAUUGACGCGAACAAGGAAAACGGCAAUGACUCCAAGCCCCCGAAAAUCCGUCGCUCGCAACCUUCUCGUACAAGGAUUAGGGAAACUACGGGUACUACGAAUAAAAAGAAAUGCGGCGACGCCCGCGUUCCUCUCAUCACGCAUGGCCUCGUAAAACUAUGCGCAGAACUUUUAAGUGAAUUACAGGUUAGCAUCGUUCCCUGA